AUGGAAGAAACUUCUAUGCAUCAAGACCAAUCGCCGAUAGAGCAAGUACGGCUGACUGUACCAACAACAGAUGAUCCAACACUCCCUACGUUGACAUUGAGAGUAUGGAUCAUCGGAAUCACAGGCUGCAUCAUCAUGUCUUUAGUCAGUGUAAUGACUGGUUUUCGUCAGAACCCAGUUGGUGUCCCAAAUUUCGUAGUUACAAUAUUGUGCUACUCUCUCGGAAAGUUCAUGGCAUCGGUGCUUCCAUCCAAUCUAAGGGUUCGAGGAACCAGAAUUAAGAUUUCUAUAAACCCAGGUCCCUUCAACAUAAAGGAACAUCUACUGAGUACGGUGAUCUUCAGUUCUGGUUUAGGAACCAUGCCAGCAGCAAAUCUUUAUGCUGCCACAAGGGCCUAUUUCAGGAUAUCAAUUCACCCAAUGGCAUUCUUCUUUCUCCUACUCACGACAAAUAGUAUUAUAUAUGGAUUUGCUGGCUUCUUCAUAAAGCCCUUUGUGAAUCGCUCAGAGAUGUGGUGGCCUGAAGUACUACCAGACGUAACAAUGUUCAGGGCAUUUCAUGAGAAGGAUGAAAAAUCGAAUGCAAAGCUAUCAAGAAGCCAAUUUUUCUUCAUGGUUUUUGUCAUUAGUUUUUCGUACUACAUCAUUCCGGGCUACUUCUUCCCUUCUAUUAGUGCAGUGUCAGUUGUCUGUCUAAUUUGGAAAAGAUCUAUCAUUGCUCAGCAACUUGGCUCGGGAUUAAAUGGUUUUGGGAUUGGUUCAUUUGGCCUUGAUUGGUCAACAUCUACCAGCUACACUAGAAACCCUAUAUAUUACCCUUUCUUUGUCAUUGUCAACACAAUGGUUGGAUUUAUUAUAUUCAUGUAUAUUGUUGUCCCUUUUGCUUACUGGACAAAUUCAUUUAAGGCAAAGAGUUUUCCAAUUAUCAGCCCAGAAGUGUACGACGUGUACGGUGGUAGAUAUAACUUGUCCAGGGUAUUGGACGGAAGUAGUUUUCAAUUUAAGCAAGAUGGGUAUGAAAGUUAUUCAGAAUUGUACCUGAGUAUUGCACGAGCAUGCUCUAUUGGAUUUGGAUUUGCAGCUCUAGCAUCAUCUCUUACAAACAUUGUACUCUCUCAUGGCAGGUCAUUUUGGAAUCAAUUAAGCCAAUCAACUGAGCGCAGAGGUUGCUCUGAUAUUCAUAUGCAAAUGAUGAAUAAGUAUAGAAGCAUUCCAAUGUGGUGGUUUAUUCGUCUUACAAUAUCAAUGAUAGGUCUGGCAGUGUUCACGUGCGAAGGAUUUGGAAAUGAACUUCAACUUCCUUACUGGGGAGUCUUGCUUGCGUGCUUGCUUGUACUUACGUUGGUACCCCCAUUAGCAGCACUUCGUGCCACCGCCUGCCAGCAACCGCCAUUGAGUUUGUUUGCACAUAUCAUCAUUGGAUACUUUUAUCCUGGACGACCAUUGGCCAAUAUGGUUUUUAAUUUGUACAGCACAUGGUGUAUUGAAUAUACUCUAGGAACUCUUGCAAGCUUUAAGCUUGGAAUUUACAUGAAAAUUCCCCCAAGAGAAUUGUUCUUCGCUCAGGUCAUUGGUACGUUCCUAGCAACCACCUCAGACUUUGUAGUGACAUGGUGGUUAUUUUCCACUGUCAAAGAUUUGUGCCGCACGGAGCUAUUGCCCAGAGGAAGUCCAUGGACAUGCCCCAGUACCAGAAUGAUUUACAACGAAAUGGUUGUUUGGGGUCUUAUUGGCCCGAGGCAAAUGUUCUUUAAAGGUGUGUACUCAAAGUUGGUUUAUUUCUUCUUGAUCGGCAAUAUUGCGCCAAUACCUGUCUGGAUCCUUGCUCGUCGGUUCCCCGAAAAGAAGUGGAUCAAGCUCAUCCUCGUGCCAGUUCUCUUCAUGCCAGGGGCCAAAAUGCCUCCAGCUAGAGCAGUUAACUACAUAUGUUGGUUCGUGUUGGGAUUCAUUUUUAACUACAUCAUCUUCCGGAGAUGGGAAAGAGUUGUGGGCAAGGUACAGCUUACUCUUCUCCGUCGCCAUGGACACCGGCAUUGCUGCAAUGGCAUUAUUGACGAUGUUGGUUCUUCAGAUGCGAGGCAUCAAUGGCGUCAACUGGUGGGGUUCAUCUGUCUCUGA